AUGUCACAGAAAAAGCCAAAAAAACUAUUUAACAAACUCGUUGUGUUUGUCAAACCCACUUGGGGAGCACAUCCGGAAAAUGUAAAAAUUAUUUAUGAACACGUGAUUGAGCCUAUCAUACAUUACGCGGCUGGUAUAUGGUCAGCCGCACUUAAAUAUAAACACGUUACAAAUAAACUCCUCUCACUUCAAAGACUUUUUGCCAUUAAAAUCAUCCAGGGGUUCCGCACCAUCAGUACGGCGACUUCCAUCUCUUUAGCUCAACUCACUCCCCUUCCCGCUAAGAUUUUGGCGGUGGCUGACAUUGAACUCUCCAAACUGCGAGGUUUCUCUAGGUUUCUCCCCUCGGACACGCCAUUAGAAAGGCCAUCUCCCCCUUCCAACCUUCUUCAUCCCGCUCUCAGGACUGGCGUUCGGUUCAGUGAAGUUACUGACCUUACUGAGCUGGAUGCUACUUCGCGCUCUGAUACCACUGAAAUCUACACGGAUGGCAGUAAGCAUGAUGGCAGAGUGGGUGCAGCUUUCAUUGUCCUCCAGCCCCACGGGAGCCCCAUUAUCAAAAGAUUUAGACUACACGAUUGCUGCUCCGUCUUUCAGGCGGAGAUGCUUGCAAUCGAUGGAGCUUGCGCGUGGGCUAUACAAAAUAAAAUUCCACAAACUCGCAUUCUCUCCGAUAGCUUGUCUGGGCUCACUGAACUCACAAACCCUAACAGCUGCAACCACUUUGCCGUCAGCAUUUUUCGCAGCGUUCACGCUGCCUGGGAAAUGGGACUCGUGAUCCAGUUUGCCUGGGUUAAAGCGCACGUUGGUAUCCCCGGCAACGAGAUCGCGGAUAGCGCUGCCAAGACUGCCGCUCUCUUGCACAGACGACCCGAUUACUUACACACUCCCAUCAGCUAUAUCAAGCAUGAGAACUCUCUCCUCACCAAACAGGCUGCACGGGAACUGUACGGGCGAUGCACUCACAUCCUCGGACUGUUCCCAGAUCUACAAAACCUCACCGACUAUUUAAAGACGAUUAAACCAUAUUUCGCCAUCACUCAGAGCCUCACCAACCACGGUUACCACAAAUCAUACCUAUUCAGAUUCAAAAUAACAGAAAACGAUCUAUGUCCCUGUGACAAUCAGUCCUCGCAAACUCUGGAGCAUCUCAUUGUGAAAUGCCCCAGAUUUGCUUCAACCAGACUUUCGCACUCCAUCGCUGCCGGAAACCUCCCGGAACUAUUCGAAAUCCCUUUUAUUAUGAGCAGGCCAGAAACUAUUAAAACUUAUCACAGGCACAUCAGCUACAUUAUAAAACAACUAAAAUCAUUUAACUCUCUCAUUCCGUAA